AUGCUACGCGGCACUGGCAUCGGCACCUUCGAUGCGCACAAUGUGCCGCGACCCUACACAAACGAGAAAUUCAUGGAAAUUUAUUCUCACCGGCGCGACUCGACGAAGAAGCUCACGGUGGAGCAGGAAGAAGAACGGGCGCGCUGCGAAGCUGAGGAGCUUCGCCAACAAAGUCUCGCCGAAGCGCGCGGGACAUUCGCAUGCGGCGCUUGGGGAGCCGGCGAGGAGGAGAGCGCCUCCAAUGAAGGGGGGUGGGGAAGCGCUUGCGGAUGGGGCACAAGACAACCGGCGGAUGGGGCAACAGCGGCGGAACUUGGGCCAACGCAAGCGGCGGUGAAGGCAGCGGGGGGGGACUUCCCACGAAGAACCAAAGGGGGAGAAGAAGAAGAAGAAGAAGAAGAAGGAGAAGAAGAAGAAGAAGAAGAAGAAGAAGAAGAAGAAAGAAGAAGAAAGAAGAAGAAGAAGAGAAGAAGAAAGAAGAAGAAGAAGAAGAAGAAGGAGAAGAAGAAGAAGAAGAAGAAGAAGAAGAAAGAAGAAGAAGAAGAAGAAGAAGAAGAAGAAAAGAAGAAGAAGAAGAAGCAGCAGCAGAGGCAACACCGGCAGUUGUUCCCCUCGGUCACAGCAGCGAAGUGA